UGUAUUCGACCUUGAACUUCCGUGUUAUCUGAACGAAAAUACGUGAGACAUUUAGAUCUAUACGAGAAUAGUAGAAUAAAUAACUCCAUAAACAUAAAAGUUAGGUUUACUGCAGUCGAAUUACAAAAACUAUGCCGCUGUGUUUUAUUUACACAAAUUUAAAAAGCGAAUGUUUCGGCGAGGAUUUUGAAGAGAAUUUCAUUUCAUGUUUGGCUGACACAUUGAGUAAACCAAAAGAUCGGAUAACAGUUAUACUAAACGCAGGCUCACGGAUGACUUACGCGGGCGAAAAGCAGGACGGUGUUCUGUGUCAGAUCCACUCCAUCGGCGUGUUCGACCAGGAGAGGAACCCGGACUACUUCCACAAACUGUGCUCGUGGUUGAGCGCCGAGACAAAGCUGGAACCUUCGAGAAUCACUUUGCAAUUUAUUGACCUUCCAGCACACAUGGUCAAGAAGGGUUUAUGAUACACCAGCUGUUAUCGAGACAUUUGUUUACUGGUUAUAUGUAAUUAUUUAUAAAUGACAAUAAACUAAUUUUAACUGAAA